ACCCCUUCCCCCACAGACAGACAGAGAGAUGAAAAAAAUCAACGCGCCUUUAAAUAGAACCAUAUCGUCAUUCUGACUGCUAGAGCGAGACAGAUCCGCUCAGCAUCCAUUACCUCAACGCACGACAGAAGAAAUACACUUAUUAUUCGUUCAUUCUAAAACACUAUUCACAGUAAACAUGCCUAGCAAGAGAAAGAAGAACAAGCGCAGAAUGAGAAAAGUGCAUGCCCAGAGAAAGGCUCUGGAGGAGCGGUUCGCCUCCUCUGGAAAGGGAACCCCAGGAGUACGUGCUUUCCAUGCAAUUCCCUGCCAGUACCCUGAUCAAAUUCCAAUAGAGUGUCCUUUUACCGUUCCAAUUUCCCUCCCAGUGAUUGCUCCCAUUGACGUUCCUGCUGAAGUACCUGAAGUCGCAUUAGAAGUCCUAGUCACAGAUGCCAUCCAAGACAAAGUGGUGAAAGAUGCAGAGGACCUAAGACAAACCCCAGUUGAACCCCCUGCAAAAGAGCCAGAUGUGACAGAGGAAGGUGAAAGCAUUGUCAUUCCAGUAUCAGAGGUCACAUCUAUUGAUGAGCCAGUGUCGAUCCCUGCAGAAUCUGAGGUUCAGUUCGAGGACACUACACCUGUAGCCACAGAGACUCAUAUUGUAGCUCAGCCUGUUGAGAUUGAAACCAAGUGUGAAGAUGAAGCUGAGCUUCCUGCUGAGGAUCCUGUAGUAGAGAUGCCAGUGCCAGAGACGGUGACUACAGCUGAAACUGUUGCUGCGGUUGAAACUGUGACAGAAACAGUAGUACCUGAAGUUGAGCCUGUUGCUGAUGCUGCAGUGGAAGUCGGUGUCUUGGAAGAACCUGCUGUUGAAGCCGAAGCCAUAACUGUUGAAAAUGAGCCUGCUGAAGUCAACACAGAAGUCAUGGAGGAUGUACACGCAGAGCCUGAACCAGAAGAGUUUCCAGUGGAAGCUGCGAUACCUGCAGAAGCUUUAGUGGAGCCAGAGCCUGAGCAGAAGCAGCAGCAGCCAGUCCUACUGGAAGAACCAACGCCUUCGGUCGAGUCCAAAAGUGACCCCAUCGCUGAAGUAUGUGUUGUGACUGAGUCAGUAGCGGUGGACCCAACCGUUGAAGAGGAGCAGACUCCUGAAACAACAACAGAUGCCCCCGAGGUUCUAUCAGAGUGUCAUGAAACGAUUCCUCCUCCUGAGCCUGAGCCUCUGCCUGUGCCUGUAGCAAAGAUUAUACAAGCUCAAGAUGAAAUUAUGCCACAAGUAGAAACUGAAACUAUAAAGGAGUUGGCAGUGGCUGGUGGCCUAACUUUGGAUGCCAUAAAUGGAUGUCUGGGAGCUACCAAAGUUGCAAUUGAAGGUUAAAGUGCCUAUGUUUCAUAGGACAUAAAAAGUUGGCGAAACAUGAAACAUUGCAAAGUGCCUUUCUGUACUGAUUCUCUCCUCAUCUAUGACAAGGAUGUGUGGCUGUUCUUCGCUGGUGGAGUUUUUCUGAGCUUCUGGCUAAUUUUCUUCAGUUUCCAUAUGCAUGUACAGUAGAAUUUGAUGGCGUUAUAUACAUUACAUACGUAGUAAAGUAAAAUGGAAGGGUGUUGCAAAUGUAUAUGUUUUUACUUGGACCCUUUUGUAAAGUGGAAUGAAUACUCCUUGUUCUAUUUGAUUAAAUGAUUUGUAGUGGAGUGCUUUGGAGCACGAUUUCAGACUAUACCAUCACAA